AACGUAUCCCACAAUUUUAAUUUAAUGCCAUAACAACCAUAUUUUCACCUCAUUCUAUUCUUUUCGAUCUAAAUUCCGCACUCUCAUUCUCUCUCCUCUCUCUUUCUCUCAUUCUCAAUUUCUCAGGUAAUUAAGCGAUGGCAGGAAAAGGUGGAAAGGGACUUGUUGCUGCGAAAACCACUGCCGCUAACAAAGACAAAGACAAGAAGAAACCCACUUCUCGAUCUUCUCGUGCUGGAAUCCAGUUCCCUGUGGGUAGGAUCCACAGACAGCUGAAACAAAGAGUCCAAGCUAAUGGACGUGUGGGAGCAACAGCUGCUGUGUAUUUAGCAUCCAUUCUGGAGUAUCUGACAGCUGAAGUUCUCGAGCUCGCUGGAAAUGCAAGCAAAGAUCUGAAGGUGAAGAGGAUAACACCAAGGCAUUUGCAGCUUGCUAUUAGGGGAGAUGAGGAACUUGAUACCCUUAUUAAGGGAACAAUUGCUGGUGGUGGUGUCAUUCCUCACAUUCACAAGUCCUUGAUCAACAAAACUGCAAAGGAAUGAGUUAUUUGCUUUUGGUUUCAUGUGGCUGUUCUGUUUAUUUUAACUAGGGGUGUGUUUUUUAUUAUUAUGACUUGAAUUGACUGAAUAUGAUGAUCACAGUAGGGUAGUCUUAGAAUUGAAUCAAUUCAUAUGUUAUUGUGUAAAUGGUGGGUGAUCCUUUUGAAUGGUUUAAUUUGUCUGUCUUAGAGAUUUGUGAUGUUGCUGUUGGCGUUUCUAGACGAUGGUUUAUUUUAUAUACAAUCUGUGAUCUGUGGUCUUUAUUAGCAA